CGUCGACGCGAAUAGAACAUGAAGUUCGGCCUACCAGUACGCGUUGUCCACCUCCUCCUGGCAGGGAUGGGUUUGUUUAGCCCCAAAUUGGUUCAGGGGCAUGGGGAGAGCCUGAAAUGUGAGAAUGGUCAAUCUAGGGUCAUAGUUGACACGCAUGGCCCCAGCAUGCUGAGCUACGACUCGUGGACACCGUGCGCUUUCCAGAUCGAAAAGAACCCGGCCGUUUGUCAGAUACGUUUAGAUUUCAUGUCUUUUAAGACGUCGUCAGCAAAUACGUUCGGCUACUGCGAGGAGGACAGACUGGUCAUUUUUAACUCUGCCACGGUCAGAGACGGCUUCACCACUUGCGGUGAUCUCACUGGACAGCAUAUAUACCUGACAUUUUGUGAGGACUGUUCCAAUACAGACUUCGCGUUUAUACCGUCGCCAACAUCUCCCAUUGGCUCCUUUCUUCUUAGGGUAACACCAAUUGCCUGCUCGUCUCCGGAAAUUGUUCCCUCCCAUUGCCUCCAACAUUUCAAUGAUACCCGGGGAGUAGUGAGAUCGUUCGAUUACCCCACCCAACAACAAAACAGUCAUCAGUACACGGUCUGCGUGGGGCUAAAGGGCGAUGGCGGGAACAAUAUCCUUUGGACGCCAUGCAGUCCGGAGGAUGGGUUUCCAGAUAGUUCGCCCUUCAACAUCGUUACGAUCCCGCGACAAACCUGUGACACAGAUUGGGUCGCCAUUAAUGGUGACCAGCGGCGUUGUGAUAAGUUCCCGAUGGGUGUCGGGUCUAUCUGGAAACCAUUCCUGAUCAAUGUCAACUUCAACCAGGAGGAAAUUUGGCCUCUCCCACUCGGAGGUGGAUAUGCCAGUGAUGCUUCGUCUUGUACUGCAAUGGCCGAGCCUUCGGGUGGUUUAUUUAUCUGCGACUGGUUUUCUGAACCGAGCCCUGGUACUGGUGGCAGUUGCCAGUGUGACCUAAAUCCAACCUAUAUCGUUCCUGGAGUUGAUCCAAGUAUUAUCUUGGGACCACCGCCUGAUUUCGGAAAUACUGGUUUUUGUUUGAAAUAUUAUGUGCAAAUAUAAGAAAUCAGUAGAGGCAUUUUUGCGCAGAAACGACUUAGGUCAUUAACAAAAUAGAAUUUGACCUUCUUUAAUCUUCAUGGGCAGUU